AUGGAGGAACAAGACGGGCCAGCGCAAGCCCACAAGCUUCUUGGACAGAAAACUACACAAUUUCCAAACACACCAGACAACGCUCUGACCAGAACUUUACGAUCAUGUUGUGUAAUCCCGCAACGUUACAUUCUAGGAGUAAUGGGCCUGCUAGGAGUAUGUAAUGCAUACACAAUGAGAGUGUGCCUCAAUCUAGCUAUUACACAGAUGGUGAACCACACUAAGUCUUCCAAUGAGAGCAUGACUAAUCUUUUCGAUGAUGACACAUGUCAUAACGAACUCAACUCUACAUCGUCUUCCGCAGCCAGUAAACCUCACGCAAUAUUUGAAUGGGAUGAAAAGACGCAGGGUCUUAUUCUCAGCGGUUUUUAUUAUGGAUACGCUGCAACGCAAGUGCCAGGGGGCUAUUUAGCUGAGAAGUUUGGUGGCAAAUGGACGUUAGGCGUCGGGCUCUUGAGCACUGCCUUAUUUACAUUCCUUACUCCGGUUGUGAUCCGAUCUACUGGAGCUAUUGGAUUGUUUAUUUUAAGAGUCCUACAGGGUAUGGGGGAGGGUCCAACCAUGCCAGCCCUAAUGAUAAUGUUGGCGAGAUGGGUACCACCGCACGAGAGAUCGUUCCAAGGUGCUUUGGUAUUCGGUGGAGCUCAGAUAGGGAACAUAUUUGGUUCUUUUAUGUCUGGUAUCCUAUUGGCUGACGGAAGAGAUUGGGCAUAUGUAUUCUACUUCUUCGGCGGGUUUGGAAUAUUCUGGUUCUGUUUAUGGAGUCUUCUGUGCUACAGCACGCCAAACGUCCACCCGUAUAUAUCAAAGAAGGAAUUGGCUUAUCUCAAUAAAAAUGUGACUACAGCUGAAUCUACCACUAAGAAGGAUCCAGUGCCUUGGAAGGCUAUACUGCGGUCAGCACCAGCUUGGGCACUUGUUUGUGCGGCGGUUGGUCAUGACUGGGGCUAUUAUACAAUGGUCACAGAUCUUCCUAAGUACUCCCACGACGUUCUCAAGUUCAACAUUGCGACUACUGGCACUCUGACGGCACUCCCUUAUAUAGCAAUGUGGAUAAGUUCCUUCUUAUUCGGCUAUGUCUGUGAUUUGUGCAUCAAGAAAGGCUGGCAUACUAUCAAAACAGGGAGAAUUAUUCAUACAACUGUUGCGGCUACUGGACCGGCCAUUUGUAUUAUUUUGGCGUCUUACGCAGGCUGUGACCGCACCGCUGCGAUGGUUUAUUUUGUACUCUCCAUGGCUUUGAUGGGUGGUUUUUACAGUGGUAUGAAGGUGAACGCUUUGGACUUGGCCCCUAACUACGCGGGCAGUCUGACGUCACUAGUGAAUACCACUUCUACAUUCGCCGGAAUAGCUACACCUUACCUGAUUGGACUAAUGACUCCUAAUUCAACGCUAUCAGAAUGGCGGGCGGCGUUUUGGGUAUGUUUCGCCGUAUUGGUCGGCACAAACGUAGUUUACUGCAUUUGGGCUGACGGCAAGCAGCAAUGGUGGGAUGACGUCAGACAAUUCGGCUACCCACCUGAUUGGAAACAUGGCUCACUUAUCGACGAGCGAAUCCCUGAACAACCGGAGUCUGUUAAACUAUCAGAUGAGAAAGCCGGAUGA